AUGAAGCUUCUGGGAGUAUCAUCUCCUAAAAGUUCAGCAGUCAGUUUAGAUCUCCUCAAUCUGUAUGUUGUUAACCAGAUAUCAACCAAAAAAGACAACACUGAGAACGUGAGGAAGCCAGUCCACAUUGAUAUCACUGAAGAUGUAAAAAUACCCAUUAGGAGGCACAACAUAGAGCUUCCUAAGUCACCACUACGCACACAACAUACAUCAAACUUGGAUGACAUCCAGAAUAGGUUACAAAAGCAAGUAUUGGACAGCAGAAGGCAGCAUCUCUCACAGAAAGUAAAAUACCAGUAUAAUGUCUCUAACUGCAUGCAAUUUUCAGAAGAAAAUGUCAACACAAACCUAAUAGGCAACAUUUGCGAACAGACCUAUGAAGACAAGCUGCAAAACCAGCCAGGAAAUAGUUCUAAUCAAGAUCAUUGGAUUACAGAACCUCCAAGCCAGUGUAUUUUCAGGAAGUCUGAUACAGUGGCUCAGGAAAUGUGCAAGCCAUUGCAUAGGUACUCUCCACCCCCUGUGCCCAGGCUGUACUAUAUGAAUUCUGCCAGGAAAAAUCCAGUGAUAAUGACCAAUAAUGAAUCAGAAAACACUGAAGGAAUAAAAGAACCAUUGUUUGAUGUUGUGAAAGAAACUGCAGAACUGAAAGCUCCCCAAGAUGGAAGUGAUUGUUCCUUCCUGGCACUGUUUGAAGAUGCGAGCCAACCAAUCCAUAAUGGUCUUUUCACAAAGCAUUUUAAUCCUUUUGUUAACCAAAGCCAUACUGCCAUUUUUUUCAUUGAUCCUGAUGAUAGAAAUCAAAUUACCAACAGAAAUUAUCCUUAUGAUACUAGAGAGGCUCAUCCUGCAAUCUAUGCAGAAAAAGGUUCUACAGACAGACACCUUGAAGGCAUUUUCACAGCUCCGGAACAGCUUCUAUUUAAAAGUAACAAUGCCUCAAGUGCAGACUACAAGAAAACCAGUGGACUUCAUAAAACCCACGUGCAGGACUGUCAUGAGGGACAGCACUACUUCAUACCUUCUGAAAACAAAGAAAAACCUGCAAACCUUGAAAAUAGUGAGACAUUUGCUUAUCACCAUGAUCAGCAGAUUAAUUUAAAGGAGAAUGUACAGAACUUUUCAAGAAAAAACAGUGAUGAUGAGUUUGUGAAAGAAUCAGCCUGGAGACAGAACCUGCUCUUUGGAUUUGAAGAGUUCACAACAGCACAAGAGAAAAAGUGCAAGCUGGGAAUGAGUUCAAAUCUUAACAAGAUGGAGAAGGAUGUGGAGUCAUCACUCGGCAGCCAGUCUCACAGUUACUCUCAAAGGCAGACAGAAAGCUGCCUGAGCUCUAGUCCUGACACGUCCGAAGAGGAAGACACAGCCAAAAAGGGGGAAUAUCCGGAUGACCAGUCCUUGAAGAUAGAUGAUGCCAACCUAUUCUCAGCCUCAGCAAGCACAGAGCCCCCCAGGACCUCUCACACCAGAACUGUGCCUCUCCAGCCCAGCAGUAGCUUGACUAGAGAAGAAGCAAUUAAUCUUCAGGAGCAAGACUCUAUUUUAUGUGCCACAGAGGAGGAAAAUAAAACUCACGCUGCCCCAUCUGAGGGUGGCUCGUUACACCAAGGCCUUAAAAGAGAGCACACAGCUCUCAGUACCAGGUGUGACGUUUGGGCGCAGACUGAGCGCUCCAUUACAGAAGUAAGGAAAGUGGAUGCUGCCACCCAGUGUAGCACCAUGCGGGUGUGCAGCUGUGGGAGCUCCCUCCCCUCUGCCCACAGCCCAGGGCAGGUCCCGUCUCCCAGCACCGCCGGCACCGCUGCAGGGCCCAAAGUGCAGCCUGCGGGCACGGGCAGCCCUGCGGGAACCGCAGCGUUUCCCUUUGAAGCCGAGUAUCUGAGUUUGGCUGGCAGAAGUACUCUAGAGGUGCUGAGCUACAUUGAUACAAUGAAAGAGAGAGAGAAGCAGUGA